UCACCCGUCCGGUUAAGCAAUAAAAAAGCCGACCAAGACUGAACCCCAACUCUCAGCCAAAUCGAAGCAAGUUCGAAGAUCUCUGCAAAAAUGGCGGACGAGGCAAACAGAUCUGCUUUUAUGGAGAUUCAAGGUCGAAUGAUUGAGCUUACCGGGAAACUAAAACAGGUUCAGAAUCAGGCACGUAACAAAGAGGGAGAAAAGAAACGUGCUUUCUUAACCUUGGAGGAGUUGCGUCCAUUGCCGGAAGAUACUAACACAUACAAGUCAAUAGGAAGAACGUUUGUUCUGGAGCCCAAGUCAGUGCUAGAGAAUGAACAAGAGCAAAAACUGAAAGAUAGCGAGGCUGCAAUUGCUUCACUGCAGACGUCAAAGGAAUACUUGGAGAAACAGAUCGCAGAGGUUGAGAGCAACUUAAGGGAGCUGUUGCAGCAAGAUCCCGGCCUUGCACGACAAAUAAUGUCUAUGACGAUGUAACCUUCAGAGGCUCUCUAGACAACAGAGCUACCAUGCUUGGACCGUACUCUGAUUUUGUAUUGCUUCUUGUGUUUCAGCUGAAAACAUUUGCAUGUGUUUAGUGUUUAGUCUUGGCAGUAACAUUUUCUCCUUGUCUUGUUCUUGAAACCUUGAGUGGGAAAGCUUUUGAGAGGAGGGGACAUAUCCAUGAGCCAGUUAGUUU